AUGACCAUUCCAACAAUAAACAACAAUAUCGCAAAUAGCAUCACUUCUGGAGACUUCAAGAAGAUGGAUAUCUCUUCAACUCAUAACGUUAACGAUGACCCAACAUUGAUCACAACUUCUUAUUUAUUAUCAAAUCUUCAUUGUCCCUCUUGUGUAUCCAACAUUCAAAAAGCCCUUUACGCACUACAUCCUCGGCCCCAAGAAGUUACACCAUCUCUCAUGUCCUCAUGGGUAACUGUUCAACAUCAGAAAGAUUUAUCUACUAGAGCGAUACGGAAGGCUUUGCAAUCCGCUGGAUUUGAUGUGUGCGAUGUUACAUCUGAGGAGGAUGGUAGCGUUGCAAAAUCACACAUACAACACGACACCGAUGCAGGGUACCUAGAUCAAGUUCUUCAAAGAUGGUCAGCUACCAAAAAACCUUCGAACCAGGCUACAUUGUCACACUUUGACUUAGACUUUGACCGACAUUUGGAGAAUUGUGAAAUAUGUCGUCGGGAAGCUGGUGGGAAGAAUGUUUCGAAGUUGGGACAAUCAAAUUUUCAUCCGCUCUCACAGCCUGGGCCAUCACAUGCAAGUGGAAGUAAUAGCAAUGGGAACGACGGUACAACAGAUACUAGCAAAAUAAUGUCAGACGGCGGGAAGACAAAUGCUUUGGUUGUCAUCGAUUCAAUCGAUUCCAUCUCUUCUCAAACUUUUCGAGCAUCAUUGGCUAUUGGUGGAAUGACAUGUGCGGCUUGCGCCAAUAAUAUCGUGGUAGGAUUGAAGAAGAAGUCUUGGGUUAAGGAUGUCGUCGUCAAUCUCAUUUCGAAUAGUGCUACAGUUGACUUCGAUGAUGAGAAAUACACAUCUGACAUAGUUGAAGAAAUCGAAGAUCUUGGGUAUGAUGCAGCCUUGGAUAGUGUUGUCGAUUUGAAGCCGGAGCCUCAGAAACGACAAGUGCUGAGAACAGUGGAGAUUAUGGUGGAUGGCAUGUAUUGUAGUCAUUGUCCUCCACGAAUCAAUGACAGCAUCAAAGAUUUUGAUGAUCGCAUUACUAUCGAGAGAGCCCUGAGUUUAGAGAACCCAAUACUCAAAAUAAGUUACAUCCCAUCAGCACCAACUUUCACGAUUAGGCAGAUUCUGGCCAGAAUUACCGCAGUCGAAGAAGGAUUCAACCCAACAAUAUAUCAUCCACCCACCAUCGAGGAACGAUCCCGAAUGAUUCACCGACGAGAGCAACAGCGAAUACUGCUUCGAGUCAUCCUCACCUUUAUCAUCGCCAUUCCUACUCUGAUUAUUGGGAUUAUCUUCAUGAGUUUGGUACCGUCAUCUAAUCCUACCCGACAAUAUCUCAUGCAACCUCUGAGGGCUGGCGUCAAUCGUGCGCAGUGGGCUCUUCUCGUUAUGGCUACGCCAGUAUACUUUCUUUGUGCUGAUGUCUUCCAUAGACGAGCUUUGAAGGAGAUCCGAUCGUUAUGGAGACCUGGCAGCACGACACCAAUUUUGGAGAGAUUCUACCGUUUUGGAAGCAUGAACAUGCUCAUGUCACUGGGUACUACCAUUGCCUAUGUAUCUUCCUUGGCUCAAUUGAUAGCUGCAGGAGUUCAUCCAAAAGCUAUGGCGGAUGAUAAUUCAUUUUAUUUCGAUUCGGUUGUCUUCUUGACUUUGUUUCUACUCAUUGGACGUCUCAUUGAAGCUUACAGCAAGUCAAGAACUGAUGAUGCCGUUACCAUGUUAGGGAAGCUGCGACCUACGGAAGCGCUUUUAGUCGUCCCAACUUCUGGUGAACUAUCAAGAGUGACAGAUGGCCAAGAGGAGCUUGCCAGAGGCUUCAUUGUCCCAUACUCUGAUGAACAUUCAAGAACUUCAGAUCGUCAAGAGUCUAUGACAAGCGUCAACGUUGAUUUACUUGAAUUUGGUGAUACCAUCAAGGUUUUGCAUGGUGGUUCUCCAGCUUGUGACGGUCGAAUUAUAAAAGGCGAGACCAGAUUUGACGAAUCUAGUUUGACAGGAGAGGCAAAAUUGGUCAAAAAAGGCGCAGGUGAUGAAGUAUUUUCUGGAACUGUCAACAAGGAAUCCCCGGUGACUGUUAAAAUCACGGGUGUUGCUGGCUCGUCAAUGCUCGAUCAAAUUGUCAAGGCCGUUCGUGAGGGACAAACCAAAAGAGCACCUAUGGAACGGAUUGCAGACACCUUGACCGGUUACUUUGUACCUGUCAUUACUCUCAUCGCCAUCAUUACUUUUACUGUUUGGCUUUCUCUGGGACUUUCAGGAACCUUGCCAGACGAUUAUCGCGGUUCUAGUGGUUGGGCAGUUUGGUCUCUUCAAUUUGCCAUUGCUGUCUUUGUUGUGGCAUGCCCAUGUGGUCUAGCAUUAGCUGCUCCUACCGCACUUUUCGUUGGUGGUGGUCUUGCAGCACAUCAUGGUAUCUUAGUAAAGGGUGGUGGUGAAGCAUUUGAAAAAGCAAGCAUGCUUGAUUGUGUUGUCUUCGACAAGACUGGAACUCUAACCCUUGGCGGCGAACCAACUGUUACAAACUACGAAUUUGUCAUGAACAAUCCGAACAAUGCUAUUGUCCCAGAUGAUGGGAUUGUCUCAAGCAACAUCACAGACGAAGAACGAAAUCUCCUCAAUAUGAUCAAGAUUGCAGAGGAAAACAGCAGCCACAUGGUAGCCAAAGCUCUUGCCUCAUUCUGUACCAAAGGAAAACUCGCCACGCUUAUCAAUAUCGAAGAAAUGCCAGGCUAUGGAAUGAAAGCCAUUUUCGAUGACUCAGAAUUAUUAAUAGGCAACGAAGCUCUCUUGAAACAGUACGGUGUUAAAAUACACCGUCAGUCCCAAAUUGAUAGUUGGAAAACUCAAGGCAAAUCCAUCGCUCUCGUUGCCUGGUCUCAGACUGCACUUGGCAGUUCAUACGAACUUGCCACCAUAUUCGCCAUUUCCGAUCCUAUCCGCCCCGAAGCCGUGUCCGUCAUCACUUCUCUCAAAGCCCGCGGUACAGAUGUCUGGAUGCUUUCUGGCGAUAAUCCCAUCACAGCCAUCGCUAUCGGUAAACAAGUCGGUAUUCCCUCCACCAAUGUCAUCGCAGGCGUUCUCCCCUCUGAAAAGGCCAAGCAAAUUUCCUAUCUCCAGAAAUCACUCCAUUCUCGUCGCGCAAACAGGCAUAAUUCCUCCCCCAAAAGAGCAUUGGUAGCAAUGGUCGGAGACGGCAUCAACGACUCUCCUGCUCUCACUGUGGCCGAUGUAGGUAUCGCUAUUGGAUCCGGCUCCGAUAUCGCCAUUUCAUCCGCGGAAUUCGUGCUGGUUUCUAGUAACUUGCAUUCGUUACUGACGCUACUGGACUUGAGCAAAAUGGUCUUCAGAAGAAUCAAACUUAAUUUCGCUUGGGCAUUGAUCUAUAAUAUUAUUGCGCUCCCAGUGGCCGCAGGCGUAUUCUUUCCGAUUGUUAGUGCAGGCAACCAUGUCAGAUUGGAUCCCGUAUGGGCGAGUUUGGCCAUGGCGAUGAGUAGCAUUAGUGUGGUUUUGAGUAGUUUGGCAUUAAGAAGUUCGGUGCCAGGGCUAGGUUUUAAGGCGAGAACUUAG